CAGAAGGCCCACAGUACAGGCGAGGCUCCCGUGUAGUGUACAGCAUCCCUACAAUGCGUUUAUUUAUUUUCCUAUGUCUCAUCUCCGUCGCCUUUGGCUUUCUGCGCCCGCUCGGAGAUGUUGCAGAGUAUGUGUGUCAUCAGCCUAGGAAGACUGGGUCUUGCAAAGCCCGUUUAUCCAGGUUCUACUACAGCUUCGAUAAGAAUGAAUGUUUUCCGUUUGUUUAUGGCGGCUGCGGGAAAAACGAGAACAACUUCAAAACAAAAGAAGCUUGCUUGUUUCUCUGCAAGCGAGAGAUAAGGAAUGCACCGCACGUGGCGAGGAUCCGCUGACCUUGGUGAACUGAUCUCAAACACCUGUCUACAGCUUCAGUUUUUUUUUUCAGCUGAAGAUUCUAAAAAACUAAACUUUUGACUUUUACUCUCAGGAAAAUGUAAUCGCAUUUCCGUAAAUGUUGUACUUAAAAUGGCUUUUUCUUUACCUUGAAAAUUAUCAUUAUGACAUUAACAAUACUGCCA